AUGAUGACAACAUUGCAGAGUAAAGAAGAAUGUGGGAAAGCACCAAAGAAAACCUUUGCCCCACCUGGACAAAAAUUGUGUAACCUGAUACCCUAUAGUUCUAACUCACCUAAAGAGGGCACCCUGGGGAUCAAUUUCCCAGAGGCAGACACCAAGCCAAAUCUGCCAAAGGCCAGCUUAGAGAAGAAGGAGAACGCAACCACCAAGAAUGGUCCAAGCAGUGGCCAAGAGAAAAAAGGAAAGACUCAAGACAGCAAGCAAGUGAAGAAGAAGGAAAAGGAAAAAUCAAGUCUUACCAAUGCAGAAUUUGAGGAGAUUGUCCAGAUUGUGCUACGGAAGUCCCUCCAGGAGUGCUUGGAGAUGAGAGCUAGCCUUUAUUUUGCAGAGACUUCCUGUGCCCAGCCCAUAGUGUAUGCCCAUGUAGACAAGGAACCAAAAAUUGCUGCUUCCACUGAUAAUGAUAAUGCUGAUGGAGUGGGGUUAAAGGUACCUCAUAUUCUAGAGAUUUCAGUCUCUCAGGAAGAUGGAAUAAUCCCUAAGAUAAAGACAUCUACAGCAGGCCAGCCAGAUCCUGUACCCUCUGAGAAGAGAUUCAGUAGACCCUCCUUAAGCAAAAGAAAGAAGGAAACUCAAAAUGAGAAAGUGGAGAAAGCCCAAAGUGGACAUGAACAAAAACAAAAUGACCCAUUGGAGACAACAAAUCAGGGUCAUUGUCAGAUCAGGAGCCAACAAAAUGGAGAAGGAUGUGGUUUUGGUCAAUGUCUAGUCUGGGUCCAGUGUUCCUUCCCAAACUGUGAGAAAUGGAGACGACUUCGUGGGAAUAUUGACCCUUCAGUCCUCCCAGAUAAUUGGUCCUGUGACCAAAAUACAGACUUGGAGCAUAAUCGCUGUGAUAUCCCUGAAGAAAUCUGGACUGGGCGUGAGAGUGAUGUGGCCUAUGCUUCCUACAUCCCAGGAUCCAUCAUCUGGGCCAAACAAUAUGGUUACCCCUGGUGGCCAGGCAUGGUAGAAUCUGAUCCUGACCUGGGGGAAUAUUUUCUUUUUUCUUCACAUCUGGAUUCCCUACCGUCUAAGUACCAUGUGACAUUUUUUGGAGAAACAGUCUCUCGUGCCUGGAUCCCAGUCAACAUGCUAAAGAACUUCCAGGAGCUGUCCUUGGAGCUAGCUGGAGUGAAAAAGUGCAGGAACAAGGACUGCACCCAGAAAUUGGGAGCAGCCUUGAUGAUGGCUCAAGAGGCAGAGCAGAUCAAUAUCCAGGAACGUGUUAACUUAUUUGGUUUCUGGAGCCGUUAUAAUGCAUCUGACAAUAGUGGGGAAAGAAAAGAUGUAAUGAUCUCUGGUUCUAACAGCUCAAGUCCCUCUUCAGAGAAAGAAGAGGAACUGGAGUUGGAGGAGGAGAAGAAGGAAGAGAACAAAAACCCACCUUUACCCAGCCCUAGGGCAACAAAAACCCAGACCAAAAAAAACAAGGCAAGAGUGUUUUUGACGGGGGUUGUAGGUAAUACAGGCAAAGCAGAUGGGCAAGUUGGGACCCUGCAAAAGAAGAUGAUGAAAAGAUCUCUGGGAAUCGAAUCCUUAAUGGGAGGAAAAGAAGGGCAAGCAAAUUCAGAUUCUGACCAGCCAGGUCCUAAGAAAAAAUAUAAAGCUCCCCAAAGCAAGGCCUCAGAAACCAGCUUGUCUGAGAAAAAAGCAAAAACUGUGCCAAAGGGCAAGACCUGCCCUGUGGUGGGACAAAAAGGGCCUGGACCCCAGGAGCUUCAGCCUCAGGAGGAUGGUGAUGCCCCACCUAAUGAUGAAACCUCCAGUGACCUGGACCUAGACCAACUCAUGGAAGAGGUUGAAAAAGAGCCUGAGCAGAGAGAGGAGCCGCAGCAGAGAGGGGGCGCAGAGUUCACCACUGAUUUCUUUGAGGAGUAGUUGUUGUUCUCAUGUUCGCACACCCUUUCCCUGGGAACAGGAGGGAGACCCUCUUAGAAGGGUCUUUGAGAAACAAAGUGUUGGGUUUGUUCAUUGGCUAAGUCAGAGUUGUAUAGUUUAUGUGUUAAUAAAACAGG